UAUAUAAUGGGACUCCGCCCUUCCCAUUUUCUCCAACGUUCUGACUUCCGACUUCGUAUUGCUCCAGAGAGAAAGAGCGAGAGACAGGAACAGGGAGGGAGAGAGCUUCGAGAACUUAUCAAUGGCUACCAAAGUAUAUAUCGUGUACUACUCUAUGUAUGGGCAUGUUGAAAAACUUGCAGAAGAAAUAAAGAAAGGAGCUGAAUCUGUUGAAGGAGUUGAAGCCAAAUUGUGGCAGGUCCCAGAGACACUGUCAGAUGAGGUGCUUGGAAAAAUGAGUGCACCACCUAAGAGUGACGUGCGUAACAUUACGCCCGGUGAGCUAGCCGAGGCCGAUGGAUUUGUUUUUGGCUUCCCCACAAGAUUUGGUAUGAUGGCUGCUCAAUUCAAAGCAUUUCUGGAUGCAACUGGAGGCCUAUGGAGAACACAACAACUUGCUGGUAAGCCUGCUGGGAUCUUCUAUAGCACUGGAUCUCAAGGCGGUGGGCAGGAGACGACAGCGCUGACAGCUAUUACCCAACUCGUUCACCAUGGGAUGGUAUUUGUGCCCAUUGGAUAUACAUUCGGAGCUGGCAUGUUCGAGCUGGAGACAGUGAAAGGUGGGAGCCCCUACGGUGCUGGAACUUUUGCUGGGGACGGCUCGAGACAGCCAUCUGAACUCGAAUUGGAGCAAGCAUUUCACCAAGGAAAGUACAUAGCUGGCAUUACAAAGAAGCUCAAGGGAGUGGCUUAAUUUUCAUUCACCAGUAAAAGUACUCUUACAUAUAUAAUUUCUCCCAUUUCCUACAGAUAUGAUAUGUCCUUGCAAAAAAUAAAAAAUCGAUUCUUGUUUUGUGGCAUACGUGUUUUGUUGUCAGUGGUAUACUUUAAAAUUCAAAUGGUAAAGUUUGAGCAUCCGCCCA